GGUGCAGUGAUACGACAUUUAUGAUAAGCUAAAGGUGUGUUGGAAUAUGUUGAGUGUGUGUUGGAAAGGAACAUACCAAAUUGUUUCUUGAUGGCAUAUAAAGAAUUUAAGAAUCUUGUUCAAUUUUAUUACUAGUACACAAUAGUUAGAAAAAUUAAAGUAAAAUAUUGUUCAUAGAAUUCGUUAAUGGCAGAGGAACAUGAGUAUGGCUAUAAUCCAACCGCCGGCGACGACGGGGAUUGCAGCGAAGAAGCAACGAGUAAGCUGAGACUGAAAGUAAUAGCUGGACAUCAUUUAGCAAAAAAAGAUGUUUUUGGUGCCAGUGAUCCUUAUGUGAGAGUCGAUUUAAAUACAUUAAAUGGAGAUGAAACUGUGGAUUCUGUGCUUACGAAGACGAAGAAAAAAACAUUGAAUCCAGUUUGGGAAGAAGAAUUUAUUUUCAGAGUGAAACCAGUAGAACACAAACUUGUACUUCAGGUAUUCGAUGAAAAUCGAUUGACCAGAGAUGAUUUUCUUGGAAUGGUGGAACUGACAUUGAUAAAUUUACCUAAAGAACAAGAUGGACGAACUAUUCCUACCAAACAGUAUAUUCUCAGACCGAAAAGUAAUUCUAGUCAGAAAUCAAGAAUUAAAGGCACUCUGGAAGUUUAUCACGCCUACAUCUCAGAUUCUUCGAGUAAUGUUGCCAACAAUCAUGCCGAAACAUCUGAUUCAGGUGGUUGGGAAUUAUUAGAUCAACCAACUUCUACAUCAAAUAGUCCUGUUGAGCAACCAGCAGAGGUGAUACUGGUGAAUAAUCCCUUACCACCAGGAUGGGAAGAAAGGCAAGAUGCAAAUGGAAGAACAUAUUAUGUUAAUCAUGUACAUCGAUUUACACAAUGGGAUAGGCCAACGGCAACAAAUGCAGCACCAACUGGUGGUGUAACACAAGAACAACGAAAUUUGGAUACAGCAGCGACCGAAUUUCAAAGACGAUUUCAUAUUAGUGUCGAUGACAAUGAAAGUAGACAAAGAAGUUCAGUUAUUAGUCAGAUUAGCAAUAAUGAUGAUAAUACGGACAGUCCAGCCGGUUCCAGACGAUCAUCUGAAAUGUUAGAAAGCCCGAGACCAUCUCUGACAUCAGUAAAUGGUGAAGGACUUCCUCAAGGUUGGAGUAUGCAAUUAGCGCCAAAUGGUCGAGUGUUUUUCAUCGAUCACAACGAAAGAGCAACAACAUGGGUUGAUCCACGAACUGGAAUUCCAAGUCCAAUGCCUUAUUUCAAUAAUGCUGCUGUAAAAAAUGAUUUAGAUCAACUUGGACCACUUCCCGAAGGAUGGGAGGAAAGGAUACAUACAGAUGGAAGAAUAUUUUUUAUUGAUCACAAUACCAGAACAACACAAUGGGAAGAUCCUCGAAUGUCUAAUCCACAAAUUGCCGGUCCAGCUGUUCCUUAUUCGAGAGAUUACAAAAGAAAAUAUGAGUACCUGAAGUCACAGUUAAGAAAACCUAAUAACGUACCUAACAAAUUUGAAGUUAAAGUCAUCCGAAGUAAUAUUUUAGAAGAUUCCUAUCGUAUAAUUAGUUCAGUUAAUAGAGUUGAAAUUUUAAAAACAAAACUGUGGGUAGAAUUUGAAGGUGAAGUUGGAUUGGAUUAUGGAGGACUUGCGAGAGAAUGGUUCUUUUUAUUAUCAAAAGAAAUGUUUAAUCCAUAUUAUGGUCUUUUCGAAUAUUCUGCUAUGGAUAAUUAUACACUUCAAAUAAAUCCUGCUUCUGGUGUUUGUAACGAAGAACAUUUAAAUUAUUUCAAAUUUAUUGGCCGAGUUGCUGGCAUGGCUGUUUAUCAUGGAAAACUUUUGGAUGCCUUCUUCAUUCGACCAUUUUAUAAAAUGAUGCUGGGAAAAGCGAUUGAUCUUAAAGAUAUGGAAAGUGUUGAUUCUGAAUAUUAUAAUUCAUUAUUGUGGAUAAAAGAAAAUGAUCCAAGCGAAUUGGAAUUGACAUUUUGUGUUGAUGAAGAAAGUUUUGGAACAACAUCGCAAAGAGAACUUAAACCUAAUGGUGUAAAUAUAUCAUUAACAAAUGAAAAUAAAGACGAAUAUAUAAGUUUAGUUAUACAAUGGAGAUUUGUAUCGCGUGUACAAGAUCAAAUGAAUGCAUUUCUCGAAGGUUUCAAUGCCCUUGUUCCAUUGACAUUGGUGAAAAUAUUUGAUGAACAUGAAUUGGAAUUGCUCAUGUGUGGUAUUCAACAUAUUGACGUUAAAGAUUGGAAACAAAAUACAUUAUACAAAGGUGACUAUCAUGCAAAUCACAUAACUGUCCAAUGGUUUUGGCGAGUUGUACUUUCAUUUAAUAAUGAAAUGAGAGCUCGACUAUUGCAAUUUGUCACGGGAACAUCACGUGUACCAAUGAAUGGUUUUAAAGAAUUAUACGGAAGCAAUGGACCUCAAUUAUUUACUAUUGAAAAAUGGGGUACGCCUGAUAAUUAUCCACGAGCUCAUACAUGCUUUAAUCGAAUUGACCUUCCACCAUAUGAAAGUUAUCAACAACUCAGGGACAAGCUAAUAAAAGCGAUUGAGGGAUCUCAAGGAUUUUCAGGAGUAGAUUAGCGGAAAAUAUCAUUUCCCAUUAUGAUGCCUGUAAUAUAAUGUAUAUAAAUAUAUAUAAAAAGAAUAUAUAUUAUAUACACGUAUAUAUAUAUACAUAUACAUAUACAUAUGGGAUGUCCGUAAAAAAAUUUAAAUUCUUUUUUAAGUCUAAAAAUAUCAAUUUUUCUUUUAUAAAAUAAUAUUUUCUGCAUAAUUUUUUAUUUCCAUUUUUAGGACAUUUAAAAAUUAAUUGAGUAAAGUGAAACUUCUCAAAAAAAAAUUUUGAUCUUGCAGUGCAUAAUAAUAAUCAUAAUUAAUAUAUAUAUAUAUAUUUAUUUAUAGAAAAAUUAAAAUAAAUAAAAAAAUAAUAAACACAAAAAACAAUAAAGAGAAAAUUAAAAAUGUUUUUAAAUUAAAUUUUAUGUAAUUUUAACAAAAUAAAUUGACAAUGAUUAAAUAUGAGAAAAAAUUGUUUUUUCUCGUUUCAUAUGGACACUCAAAUAAUUAUAUUUAUAUGUAUAUAUAUUUAUAUAAUUUACACAUGAAUUCACUUUAUAUAGAAAUAUGUAUUAUUAUCCUUUUAGAAAUAAUUUUAAUUUUAUUGUUCUGAUUAUGAUUUUGUGCAAUUGAUAUAACAAAAAGGAUAUGUUUAUUUAUUUUAUUUUUUUUUUUUUAUUUUAAUAAUUGUUGCACCUCAUGUAUCAGUUUCCAAAACAACAGUGUUUUAAAUAUUUACAAAAGAUUUUAACUUCUGUAAAGUUUGAUAUUUUGUGUGAAUUACUUAUUUCAAUAUAAGUAGAAAAAAAACAACCUCCCGUUAAAUUCUUUUGCAAAUAUAAUGUUGUCAGAUUUUGUAAUUAUUAUUAUUAUAUAUUAUUAUAUUUUUGUCAAAUAUU